CUUCUAAAAGCAGAAGCAAAAAGCUGCACCCAACUACUAAAAGAUGGUUUCACUUCCAAUGGCGUGUACACCAUUAAUCCAGAUGGUGGUAAACCAAUACAAGUGUUGUGUGACAUGACCACGGACGGUGGAGGUUGGACCGUCUUCCAGAGACGUAUGGACGGCUCCGUUGACUUCUAUCGCGACUGGAAACCUUACAAAGAGGGGUUCGGAAGUUUAAGCGGCGAGUUCUGGCUCGGAAACGACAAUCUUCACCGUUUGACGAAUGCUAAUGACGUCAUGUUGAGAGUUGACUUGGAGGACUUUAAGGGGAGCAUCACAUUCGCUGAGUACAAUACAUUUAAGGUGGCACACGAAGCCGAUAAUUACAGACUCACUAUCGAAGAAUACAAUGGCACAGCGGGAGAUUCCUUCACGUAUCAUAGGUAACAUAAAUAGUUAAGUAAAUACAUUGGUGUUGAAUGUGUUGGGUGGAAUGUGUUUAGACAAAAUUAUAGCACCUAUGGUCAAAACUUUGUCAUCUAACAUUAAGGACAGCCAACACGCACUUGAAAUUUUUCGUGGCUUUAAUUUCCCUGGCAAAAAAAAACUUAUUUUCACUGAGGAUAUUACUAUACCUACGUCUCGUGUUUCUCCCUACACUUCUUUCGUGCUCUAGCCGCUUCCUGCGUGCUUUAUAACAGAACAGAGCACAGUCAAGGCUUCUCUAUUUGUUAACUAUUGUCCCCUAUCCUAAACUGCUGUAUUAUAUUCUAUCCUAUUCUAUUCUACUCUAUGAUAUUGUAUUACAAAUCUACAUCUUUAUCUCUGUCUCCCUAGCGUCUCUUAAUUCUUUCUUUAAAGCAAUUUGUCAAAGUGGUACCCUUAAUUAAAAUCCGUUUUCUAAGUUUUACGGAAAAAUCUCUUUCCUCAACGGCUAAACAGAAAUGAAAGAAGGCCACAGAAGUUUUUUUCUUAUUCCAGCGAUAUGCAGUUUUCCACGAAAGAUCAAGAUAAUGAUCUAACGGAUAUAAGCUGUGCCCAACACUUCAAAGGGGCCUGGUGGUACAACGGAUGCCAUGCGUCCAAUCUAAACGGAUUGUAUUUGAAUGGCCAACAUGCCUCUUAUGCUGAUGGAGUCAACUGGGCCACGUUAAGAGGCCAUCACUACUCACUAAAACGCACUGAGAUGAAAGUAAAAACCAAGGGAUAA